UGAGCUCCAGGCUUGAGGAGAGUGAGAGGGAGGCGAUGGAGAAAAUGUCAGAAAUGGAGAAGAAGCUCAUUCAGACCACGAAAGAAGUGGAGCUCUUAAAGGAGGGUCUGCGUGAGUCCUGCUCCCAGGUGAUCGUCCUGCAGCAGCGAGAGAGAGAGAGAGAAAUAGAACGUGAGAGGGAAAGAGAGAUAGAGCGAGACAAGGAUCUCUCCACCCAGGCCCUGAGGGAGCUGGAGGUCAAAGUUCAGGCUCUGGUGGAGCAGGGGCGGGUCCAAAUGAAGCGGUCCUCCUCUGGACAGCUGGACGUCCAAGUGGUCCCCGUCAUCCAGCACGUGAUUCAGAAAGCUAGAGAAGAAGCAGACUCAGGUGAAGACCCCUCCCCCCCCUCCUCAGACUCUCAGCCUCCUCCCUCUGAGGAUGCUCUGCAGGCUGCAGUUCCUGCUCCUCUUCCUCCACCUCCACCUCCACCUCCAGGCUUAACUGGAACUCCUCCUCCUCCUCCUCCUCCUCCUCCAGUACCCUCACCCCCCCUGCUGCCUCCUGGAGGUGGUACGACCCAGCUGUCUCUGACUGAUGGGAGCUCAGGUCUCAGCCGGACUAAUAACGCGAGGAGCGAGCACUCGGAUCAUUCUGGGUUUGGACUCGAUCCUAGCAGUUGGCAUUUAAUGCAAACAAAUAGAACUGGAAACAGACUUCAACACAGAGAUGGCCUUCAGAAAGCCUCAGAGGGCUUAACACUGACAGCUGCUCAGGACCAGCACGAGGACUCUUCUGUGGUGGAAGUCCUCUGUGUGGUAACUGGAGGAUUCCUUGGAGCAGGCUUUGGUGGUGUUACUGGUGGAGUUGGGGGAGCGUUUGGGGCAGUUGCUGCUUCAACUUGGGCCAGGAUUUUCAACCACAUUAACGCAGCGGAAGCAACUGUGGGCUUUGUCGGCAGUGUGUUAGGUGGAGUCUUUGGGGGAGCGUUCAGCGGCGCUAUAGGCGGUGCAGUCUGUGCUGGAGGUAAAGCGAGUGGCAGUCCAUUUAAAGGGAAAGUCACAAAGGUAGUGUGGCUCACCAUCGGCCUUGCAACUGGUGGUGCGAUCGGUGGUAUUUUUGGUGGGAGAGUGGGUGCAGAAGGUGGGGCAGUUGGUAGUGCUUUUGGAGUGUUGUGUGCUACGGGCUUGGCAGGGAGUGCAGUUGGAGUCGUCAAAUAUUUUUGUUCUGCUUCAGAAGAGAAAUCAACAAAAGCAGCACAGAUGUUGCGGAAAACUGCACAUUUCUGUGAGACUUUCAAACCGCUGGUGACCGAGCUGAAUACCAUAAAAAACAUCAGCGAAGGAAUGGCCUCCAGUGCCAGAGCGCAGGGUGUAGCCGAACAAUCUGCCAAGACUCUGACUUCUGUGAACCUGAUGCUGAAAGCCACGAAUGACUCUCUGCCCGUCACAGAUCUGCCACAGUUUGUUUCCAGUGCUGAAGAAUGGGCACAACAUGGCAAGAGAAUCACAGAGGAACUGGAGCAGAUGAAUGAGGAAGGGGAAAAAAUGUUGGCUUCAUUGAGGACAUUCUGAUGCUGUAAAACAAGAACCUGACAAACCUGUACACUGCUGUUUUACAAAACCUUCCUAAUAACAAUAUAAGGAAAAUAAAAGUUGUAAAUAUGUUUCCACCCACCACGGUAAAUUCUAUUCACACACCACUCACUGAUUGUCUUUAAUAUUUUGCUAUUUUCUUCACAUGACGUUUAAACAACUUUAUGGAAAUCUUCUCCAUUUUGUUCCUUUGUACUAAUUAAGGGAUUUUACAUUAAUCGGCCUACAGAUGUUAUUAAAAAAAAGUAUAUUACACGUGUUGCAGAUAAUGUUUGAUUACAGAGAUUCAAAUGAUGAUGUUUAACUAUAAUAAAAG